AUGAGUGAAAUCCAUAUCCUCCAAGGUGCUCAGAAUUCCGUUAUAACAGGCGGCACAUUCAUGGCUGCCGAGACUGCAUUGUCACGGGUAACCCCCGGGUACUUCCGGCCUUACCCAUACCCUUACCCCUGGAAACCCGUACCCUCAACCACGGGUAGGGGUUUUUGUGGUAAUGUAACAUACAAAACACUCCCUUUAUCCAACGUCGUCCCUCUACAGUGUACGGGCAGAAGGGGCAAACGGCGACGACACGCCCAAAUAUGCCCCGAGCUCGUCGUGUUCACAUUUGAGGAACGCAAGCUGCUGGUGAUGCUUGCUCUCAUCAUUUGCAAUCGUCGUUUGCCGUCGUAG